AUGCAUAUAAUCAGCCCCAGCUUGUUUGAUGCUGAUUUCGCGAAGAGUUGCAUUGCUUACUGUGACAUCCACCACGGUCAGGCCUGCACAACAUUGAGAGAAGGUCUGCCAUUCCUCAGGGUAAUUGACUGUAGAACAAGGCAAGUUGUUCGAGCCCCUGUGAACUGUCAAUAUGUCGCCCUGUCAUAUGUUUGGGGGUCAUCCACGUCUGAUAUAGUCUUAGACGAGGAACUUCCUCAGUCGAAUGAGACAUAUCUUCCCAGGUGCCCUGACGUUAUCGAGAACAGCUUGUCAGUCACUACUAUGAUUGGAGCCCAGUAUCUUUGGAUUGACAGAUACUGUAUCGAUCAGGAAGACUCCGUCGAUAAGCACCAUCAGAUUACCCAUAUGGAUGCCAUUUAUGCCAAUGCCUUCAUCACCAUUAUUGCAGCUGCCGGCGAUGGGCCAGAUUAUGGCUUGCCUGGCGUUGAACGACCUCGCAAAGUUCAUCCGCAUCUGCUUAUCGACAGAAAUCACCUUGUCUCAACCCUUCCACAUGCAAGUGCAUUAGUCAACAGCUCAAGAUGGGCAUCUCGAGGCUGGACGUACCAAGAAGGAAUACUUUCCAAGCGCCGAUUGAUCUUCACGGAUGAGCAGGUAUACUUUGAGUGCAGUAACCUUUAUUGCGCUGAAUCAUUGCGUCUCUCUACUUCAGAAGACCAAAUAUUGCGCAUGGAAUCAAGGACAAGAUUCUUGGCAAAUCUCCCCUCACGUCACUUUCCUCAAGACCGCACAGAACUCAACCCCUGGCAAAUCAUGUCCUGCAUUUCAGAUUUCAGCAAAAGACAACUCUCAUUCGCGUCGGACACUUUGAACGCGCUGCAAGGCAUCUUCCGCAUGUUUGCCAAGGCCAAAACGCCGGUAUACAAUCUCUGCGGUGUCCCAAUACUUGACUGUGGUUCGGUUUCUCGAUUU